AUGGCGGAGCAACAACCAACGGCCGUUUUUCUACGAGGCUUGGAUGAAUUCCAGAACGGGAAGGAACGAAUCCAAAUGUUCACUGAUAAGUUGGAUUCACCGGCCGCGUCUGAACAACGUCUGAAAGCAACAUCGUCACCGAAAAAGUGGGGUGCUAAUAUAUACCGGGAAACUGAUAUUGAUGAUAACCUACGCGAGGAAGAAGAGUUGGAUAGGAUUAAUUGUGAUAAAUUGAAGAAAGAGAAGGUUGCUCAAGAAUCGGAACAGCAAGAAAACCCUAACGAAAGUUAUGGCAGAAGUUACCGCAACGAGUUUAAGUUCAAGUGGUUGAAAAUCCAAUACGAUCGCAGGACCAGAGCGAAAAAAGUAGCUGAGGAAGAAUUGUUUUCACUUAAGAAAGAAUAUGAGGAAAAUGCAAGAGAAUGGAUAAGAAAAUUGAAGAAAGUGAGGGAUGAACGCGAAAAUGAUCAAAAACAGUGGGAUGAAGAGAGAAACAAUCUUAUUGCUCAACUUGGAGAUGCAACAGAAUCAUCCAAAAUGUACAAUGAUCUUUCACGGGAGUAUGAAGAAAAUCGACGCAAGUGGGAGGAAGAGAAAAAUGAUCUGGUGGCAAAGCUGGAUGCCGCAGUUGCUUCUUCAGAACUCUACCGGGGGUUUUUGCAUGAUUUUGAUCAUUAUUAG